ACGCAAGUAUCACGACAUUGCACGUUGUACACCAUUACUGCUUCAAAAUUAAAAAGAAUAAUCUAUUAACCAUCGUUGUUCUGUCACAUCACACGCCAAUAUAAAAAAGAAAAGAAACGGAAAGCAUUGAUCAUUUACCACAGUGGUUAAAAUUAGAAGAAUUUACAAUCAAUUCAUACAUAUAUAUAUAUAUAUAUAUAUGAGCCGAUACGCCACAAGCACGUUCCUCCGUGCAGUAUUUGCGCAAGGGUGAUAUGUUAUUGGAGAUGGAGCAGCAUUCGGGUCUGAUAUCCCUGAAUAUGUCGCCGUUCCAUUUAAGCCCUCAGGGUAGUCCCCAAGGUGCGGCCAGUGCUGGCCAGCAACAGCAACAAGCGCAACAACAACAACAACAACAACAACAACAACCACAAUACGGUUCUUCACCGUAUGGGAAUUGCGCUCAAAGUCCACCUACAACGAUAUGUCACCAAUCACAGUCACAACAGCAACCGCAACAACAGCAACAGUUGCCGGUACAUAAUUCGCAGGGUAUUUCGAAUUUCGACGCCGCGUUUUUCGACUCCACCGCCCUUGAAGAACGGUGUCCCAUGUGCGGGGACAAAAUGUCUGGUUAUCAGUAUGGUCUGCUUACGUGCGAAUCCUGUAAAGGUUUUUUCAAACGGAAUAAUUCACCGUGUAGCAGUAAAAAAGUAUACACGUGCCUAUUCUCGCCAACGGGAGGUGGGGGAGGUGGGGGCAGCGGCGGUGGUGGUGGCGGAGGUGGCGGUGGUGGAAAUGGUAACAACGGUAACAACGGUGGAACCGGUAGCUGUGGCGGCGGCGCAUCAUCGGCACUCGAGAUCGGAUCUUGCGGCAACAAGAAGGUGUACACGUGUCUGUUCUCGCCAACAGGAGCCGGAAGCGGCACUGGCGGCAGUGGAGGCAGCAAUGGCGCGGCAAACGGUGCUGGAGGUGGUGGUUGCGGCACAUCGACAGCCCUCGAGAGUAGCGGCAGCACUUAUACCGGUGGCGGUGGUGCCGGUACCGGUGGUGGAGGAGGAACGGGUGGCGGCGGUGGUGCGGGUGCCGCUGGCGGUAGUGGGCCCACCGCAGGGAACGCCUCUGCUGGUGGUGGCGGUAGCGGUAGUGGUGCGGCCAGCGGUGCAAGUGGCGGCGGAUCCGCUACGGUCGGGGUUGGUGUCGUGACCGGCUCGAUACCGUGUCCGUCCGAAUUCCCCGAUACCAAGGACAUCAUCAUAGAAGAACUCUGUCCGGUCUGCGGCGACAAAGUUUCCGGAUACCAUUACGGGCUACUCACUUGUGAAUCCUGCAAAGGUUUCUUCAAACGCACCGUCCAAAACAAAAAGGUCUACACGUGCGUCGCCGAGAGGUCCUGUCACAUUGACAAAACGCAAAGAAAGCGGUGUCCCUACUGCCGUUUUCAGAAGUGCCUCGAAGUCGGCAUGAAGCUUGAGGGUGAGUUUUUGUUCAAUUGUGACGUCAUUCUAGCGCGGCUAUCUAUCUUUUCUUACGCCUUUCCGUUAUGCUUUGCAAAAGAACGUAUGCGCACAUGUGAUUUCUCGAUACCUGGCAACGGAUCGACAAAAUCUUUCUCUUUCUUCUUCUUUUUCUUUUUUCUUUUUUCUACUUUAAAAACAAAUUUUAUAAAAAUUGCAAAUUAAAUAACGUGGAAUGAUUCGUAAAACAAAUAAUAUAUAGAAAAAAUUUCACGCAAAUCAGUUUUAUUUAACCGAUAAUAUGAGUGCUCAUUUUUUUUGGAUGUGAAAGCGUUGCAUGCGGGUAUCGUCGCGAUUUUUAUGCAGAAAGUAAAAGAUUGAAAAUGUAUAUGCGACCAAAUAGAUUUCGAUGUUCAAUUAUGCAACGUAAUCGUGGGACGUGUAUUAU